GCCUCACUGCGGACCCUGGAAGUACGAGAGACCCCUCUCUGCGUCACCCCAGCCCACGGUCCUUACCACUGCGUUCUCGGUCAACUAGCAGGAGCCCCAGAGCCUCCUCCGAGCUACGAACCUCUAAGCGCAUCGCAAACAUCGUGUCCGCGUGUGGACGUGCCAUUGGGACAAUACCGUUUUGCCUGGAGUCUGCUUGUUCUAGGCUCGCUUCCCACUACCUUCGUACUGCUCGCUGUUCUUCAUGGACGCUCUCGGAGGAGCGUACGACCGGGAGCUUCUGUGGCAUACCAAGAGAUCGGACCAAAUUCAAGCCCGGGCAUACAAUACAUCGUCGUCGCAACCGCGGGUCUCCCCAACAGACGACAAACAUCACUAGACACAAGCUACCCCUCCGAUGCAACGUCUGGCAUGUUGCAUCCGCGUUCGAGUCGAGUCGAUCGCCCUUCGGUAGGCACUGCACCUAGGGCCUCGGAACACAGAGAACCUUCUAUUGUCACUGAAGCCACUAGAAACGGCCCCUCGUCUUCCACGCACACCGGCUCCGCGUCCGUGACAGGCACAAGUCGUUCGUCUAGAGUACCGCUAGACCCGAGGAUCUCUAUGUCGCAUACACCCUCGCAAGUCUCAACUCGUAGGAUCCAAUCUCGGGAGGAUGACGCCGAGGCAUGGGUGGACGCAUUCAGAAGAGCCUUCAACGAAGUGCUCGUCGCUCCCACGUCUACAGGUGGUGACGGUCGCCGGCGGGCCGAGGCGUCGACGGCUACCCGUCAGCGCGAGACAGCACCGCGCCGUCGUCCCACUAACGCGUACAAUGCGACUCCAUCCGCCGUCUCUCCCCGCACCGGGCGUCUCACAACCUGGCUGAAGCUUUGCUCUCGUUGUUUCGGGGCGCUGCCCGUCCUAUGCGCCGUGCUCUAUGCGACGAUCUCUCUCGUGAGUGUCCUCCUGAAGAACGCAAUCACCGUGUUUGCGGCUGCCAAAGGAUGGACCGUUCCUUCCACAGCCUAAAUCAGGGCUCUCUGGACGUGUACUUGUGUCACCUGUAUCUCUAUGGGCGUUCGAGGUCUAGACUAGAAUUGUCAUUGUCACGAUUUGUCGAUGUACUUUCUUCGGAUGUAUAUUUUUGUAUGAGCGAGAGCGAUGGGCUAUUCAUCGGCACCAUUGCCACUUGAUUGCCA